AUGUCGUCAUCGCGCGUGACGCCACCGUCAUCGCAACCUCCAUCGACCCCAUCUCCUCAUUCACGGUUUAUUGACGGUCUUAGAAGAAGAACAAGGCUACGGUCAUUAAAUGUUCCGUCACACGGGCACGAAAGUCUCGAUAGUGAUCUUGGUUUUCCACCAGUUUGUUCACCACCACCACCUUCAGAUGAUCCCGUAGGAAUGCAACAGGAAACAUGUGGAGCGGCGAGAAUUCGUAGACGGACGAUGUCAGAUGCCGCACAAACUGGCAUGAAUUUUAAUGGGACUAACAAACGCCAUUCUGGAGUGCUCGUAAUUUUUCCGCAUUCUCCUUCUGCUCAUGGCGAUUAUAUGCAUAGUACGCCAGCUUCGGUCAACAAACGGCAUUCUUCCUAUGGAUCAAGUGCAUCCAAAAGUUUUGAAGGUAUGAUCUUCACUUUUUCUUUAUUUUUUUUAUUUUUCUCAUAG